AUGAAGAAGAAGACCACUGUGUGCUCCACCUGCAAGGCACACUUCCUCACUGACGUGGAUUACGCCAAUCACCUUCCAUCCAACAGCAAGAAAUGUGGAGGCCACAACUCAGCGUUCGUGGUUGGGGGACUUGGCAGCGCCGGUCGUCAUUUCGGAAGAUCUAUCUACUCAACUCUGUAUCCUUCUCGUACAAAUAAUCGGGGCCUUAUCCAAGGACUUGGGCCUGGACUUAGAUUCCGUCCCUAUCCAUAUGUGAUUGUGUUUGAUGUGUGGAAAGCAGUAGAAAGGAUGUCGAGCCGAUCAGACCUAUCCAACUUGCAAGAAACGCCGAGCAGCCGAUCGGCGUUUAGGGAUGAUAGGGAGGAUGAGGGAGUGGUAGAGCAAAUGUUCUAA